GUGAUAUUGAAUUGAACUCGCCACCAUGCCGACCGUUCACUUGCUCGACUACGUCGCCGGAAACGUCCGCUCUCUUGUCAAUGCCAUUGAGAAGGUCGGCUACACGGUGGAAUGGGUCAAGUCGCCCGCCCAGGUCCCGUCGGCAGAGAAACUCAUUAUCCCUGGUGUCGGUCACUUUGGUCACUGUCUCUCCCAGCUGCAAAAGGCCGGCUACACGGAGCCCAUCCGCGAACACAUCAAAGCCGGCAAGCCGUUCAUGGGAAUAUGCGUCGGUCUUCAGGCGCUGUUUGAGGGCUCCGAGGAAGACCCUCAGGUAAAGGGUCUCGGCGUGAUACCGUCGCGCCUCCGCAAAUUCCAGGCCACUGACAAGAGCGUGCCACACAUUGGAUGGAACAGCGCCAACACGUCGCGGGCUGGCGAAGUGACCGAGGACUCUCUGUACGGACUCCGACCGACAUCUAAAUACUACUACGUCCACUCGUACGCCGCGCCUUACGAGCCGGGAAAGCUGGAGAAGGACGGAUGGACAGUCGCCACCGCGCGAUAUGGCGACGAGGAGUUUGUGGGUGCUGUAGCAAAAGACAACAUUUUCGCCACACAAUUCCACCCUGAAAAGAGUGGCGCGGCAGGGCUGCGCGUCAUCAAGGCGUUUUUGGAGGGCAAGAAGACGCAAAAGCUGCCCGAGAGGCCGUCCGCAGCCGAAACAAAAGAAGGCCUGACAAGGCGAGUCAUUGCAUGUCUCGAUGUACGAACCAACGACCACGGUGAUCUCGUCGUGACAAAGGGUGAUCAAUACGACGUGCGAGAAAAGGACGGCACGGGCAACGAAGUCCGGAAUCUGGGCAAGCCCGUCGAAAUGGCAAAGAAGUACUACGAGCAAGGCGCCGACGAAGUCACCUUUCUCAACAUCACCUCGUUCCGCAACUGUCCGGUCGCCGAUACGCCCAUGCUCGAGAUUCUGCGGCAAACAAGUGAAAGCGUCUUUGUCCCUCUCACAAUAGGCGGCGGCAUACGCGACACAGUCGAUACGGACGGCACCAAGAUCUCGGCCCUCGACAUCGCCACCAUGUACUUCAAGUCUGGUGCCGACAAGGUCAGCAUAGGCUCGGAUGCCGUGACAGCCGCGGAGGAGUACUACGCGCGUGGCAGCAAGCUCUCGGGCACAACGGCCAUAGAAACCAUUUCCGCGGCAUACGGAAACCAAGCCGUCGUCAUCAGCGUAGACCCAAAGCGCGUGUACGUCGCCUCACCCGACGCCACGCCGCACCACACGAUCCAAACGGCUACGCCGGGCCCCAACGGCGAGCAGUAUUGCUGGUACCAAUGCACCAUUAAGGGCGGGCGCGAGGGCCGCGACGUCGACGUGCGCCAACUCGUGCAAGCCGUCGAGGCCAUGGGCGCCGGCGAAAUCCUACUUAAUUGCAUCGACAAGGACGGCAGCAACACGGGCUUCGACACGGAGCUCAUCGCCGACGUCAAGAACGCCAUCAAGAUUCCUGUUAUCGCCAGCAGUGGAGCAGGGCACCCGUGCCACUUUGAAGACGUCUUUGCAAAGACGACGACGGAUGCUGCUCUGGGUGCUGGAAUGUUCCACAGAGGCGAGUACACGGUCAAACAGGUCAAGGACCACUUGCAGGCAAAAGGCCAGCUUGUGCGUCCUUUUGAAGGUGAUAUUAACUGGUCGGUUAGUCUGUUGUAGUAACGUAAAUCAAGUAAAUACACCUUUUUUUCAUCAAAUACAUCGUAUACCUUUC